GUUUGUUAUUUGUUCCAUAACGGACUGAUUUUUUUGUAGGACACGAAAAAAGCAGGAAGCCUCACAUUUUGUUUUAAUGUUUUAUCAAAUAUGCCAGGAUUGUCUGGAACAGAGCGAGCAGGAUGCACGAAGAUACUGAAGUCAAUGUCCAAAGGCGACAUACUAUCACUUAGUGACACCGUCACGAACAAGAUGAUAGUCGUGGAGGAUGAAUCAGAGGCUAUAGAAACUAUUCUCUCCUUUUCUAAAAACGCCGAGGAGCUGUUGAAAAGGAGGAAGGUUUAUCGCGAAGCCAUAUUCAAAUACCUGGCCAAAGAAGGUGUGGCGAUGCCCCCGAACAGCGAGAAGCACCAGCUGAUGAAAAGGACGCUGGAGCAUUGGUCACCGGGGAAGGGUAAAGCUGAUGAAAGAUGUUCACGAGAGACGGAGCGAACAGCGUCUGACUCCACGAACCUGAAGGCAGGAGAGAGCUUUGACCCACUGGUACUCGGCCAUGAGUUCUGCCAGUGGUUCUUCCAGCUCCUGAACAGUCAGAACCUCUCACUGGGACAGCAGCCUCAAGAGUGGGGACCACAGCACUUUUGGCCAGAUGCAAAGCUACGAUUACUUAGCAGCACUGGCAGUGAACAGAUGGCUGAGUUCCUUGGAGCUGAACUGGUCAGCCUUCGUCUCCAGUCCUUGGCCAGGGAAGAGCGUCUCCUCCUCAGCCCCAACCUUGAGCCUCUCGGCCUCAGGGCGCUUGCGUCCCCACACGGCCUGGUGCUGGUGGCAGUAGCUGGGACCAUCCACAGAGACGCAGCCUGUUUGGGUAUCUUUGAGCAAAUAUUUGGCCUCAUUCGUUCCCCACUGGAGAAAAACAGCUGGAAGAUCAAGUUUGUAAAUCUGAAGAUCAAAGGGAGAGAGGCCUUGGGAGAGGCAGAGAUAGCAGCACCGGCCUUGACGUAUAACUCCACUGAACUGCAGCUCUUCUGCAGGUGAUAAGGGCUCCCUCCUAUUUUUAAUCAACGUACUUAUCCAACAUAUUUACCCAGGCUGUUGUUCUCAGAGAUCUGAUUGGGGGAAACUUUAAUGGCGCAAUCCUCCCCUGACAGGUCAGGAUUCACUGGUUGGUGGACAAUAUUGCAUUUGAAUGUACCCAGAAGGUAGAUCACCAAUGUGUCAUUGGUUACCUCCUGUUUUUUUUACUUUUGGGACAAUGGGACUCUCUGCUGCUUCUUUUAAUGGAAACAUAUUUUACCUUUUAGAAACUAUACUUUGUUGAAGAGCAAAUUUUGUUUUUUAGUUUUUAUGUCUGUAUCCAGUGCCUUGAUUGGAAAAAAAAUAUUUAAAUACAGACAUGGAUGUGCCCUUGUAAAUAUGUAUUAUAUCAAAUCUAAAGAUUAUAUCAGCUCUUCUGUUUUCAUUGUGCUUUCCAUGACAGAACGGUUACGGUUUGUGAACAGAAGAUCCCUGAGCUUUAUGGGAUACUUUUUUUUUUUGCAAAUAGUUUGUUGUGGAAUUCAUCAAUAAACUGGACACAGAAGACUCA